GCCGGGGAGAUGGAGCGGGACGACGAGGUACCCGAGGGUGUGGAGAAGCUAUUCCUCCGGCUUGAGCACCAGCGGCACUUUCAUACUAUUAUUGGUGAGGACGUGACAGUCCAGGACCCGUUUGUCCUCCUGCCCAAGGCCGCCCUGGAGGACCAGCUCGACUCUAUUGUCUUUGCCUUUGACCCGCUGCUGAAAAAGGUGGCAAACUACGACGGCGAGGAAAUGCUCCUGGUCUACGACGACAACGACGACGGGGAUGGCCACAACUUCCUCCUCUGUGUCACCGAGGAGGCCAAGGAGAACAUGCUCGGUCGUGCUGGGCCUGGCCCUGGCGGCUCGGCCAGCCGGGCUGACCGGGCCGCCGGUGAGGCAGCCGACCCGGGCGCGGCAGGCGGGCAGGGCGGCGGGCCCGGACCUGACCGUCGCACCGCCUCGGUCUUUAUCUCGGCGGCGCCCGGUGAGGUCGAGGCCGAGAUUGCCGCCGGCUCGGCCAAGCCAACCCGCCCGCUGCUCAAGCUGGCCAUCUCGCGCCCGCGCAAGUUCUUUGGCGCGCCGUACAAGCUCGGCGAUCGCGAGGCCCACGAUGGGAUGGAGGAGUGCCGCCCGUACAAGGACCCCAACUUUUCAGUCGUCCGCCUCGAGGCCGACGUCGGUUUCCAGGCCGUCCGGCGGACCGCCGAGUCCGGCUUGCAAACCGGUUGGAGCAAGCCGGAGAACGCCGCGACGCAGUGGGAGGCGCAGACCAUGGAGUCGGCCGCCGCCGCCAAGCACCUCGACGACGACGCCCUGGCGGCGGCGCUGGGCGAGAAGGCCGCGCUCUUUGAGUUUGCCCUCCAGCAAAACAACGCCGUCAACGUCUACGCCGACAACUUUGCCGCCCUCGUCGACGAAGACGCCGUUCUCGGCCGCGAGUCCGAGUCGCUCCUUGUGGAGACCCACUCGUGCUCGGACGCGCAACUCAUCGGCGACGCGCUCCUGACGUCGGCAGACUGGCAGCCCGGCCGCCGCGAUGUCCUCGCCGUCGCCGUUGCCGCCAAGGCCUCGUUUGACGAGCGCGCCGCAGAGUCGAACGUCAACAAGCCGCCGUCGCUGGUCGCGGUCUGGAACCUCUCGGUCACCAUCCACUCGCACCCGGUCCUCUUGCUGCAGGCCCCAGCCGACGUCCGUGUCGUCCGGUUCUGCCCCUCGCAGCCGCACAUUCUUGCCGGCGGCCUCGUCACCGGCCAGGUUGUCAUCUGGGAUAUUGCCGAGGCGCAGGCCGCCGUCGAGUCGUCGCACCUCAGCGGGAGCGGAAGCGCCGGGCCGGCACUCGGCGCCUCGGCCGCCACCGCCGUCCUCCCGGACGUCCUGCAGGCAAAGGCCACGCCCGCGGCGUCGCGGCCUGGCACCCAGGGAGGGAGCGGGAGCGCCGGUACUGCCGGUGCCUCAGCCGCUGCUGACAUCCCGGUUGUCUCGUUCUGCCUCCUCUCGACCAUCGAGAGCUCGCACAAGCGGCCAGUGACGGACAUUGUGUGGAUGCCGCCGCAGUUUGAGGUCAACUCGUCGGGAACAGUCAACGAGGACGAGACGGUGCUCUCGCACCAGUUUGUGUCGUCGUCGUACGACGGCGCAGUGGUGUUCUGGGACAUCCACUCGCGGAAGGAUCUGGUGUCGGAGCGGGCGUGGCGGCCGCUGCACCGCAUCCGGCUGCACAAGGUGUCGCGGAUGGGCGACCACGGCCCCAUCAAGGUGGCGGUCGACCCGUUGCGCGCCCAGCUGACGGCCAUCACUGAAGAUGGCGAGCUGGUCUUUGCAGACUGGCGCAUCAACCGGUCCGAGCAGAAGCGGCAGGUCGUCCGCGCCAACUUUUACGGCGCGCCCGGCUUUGGCGCCGCCAUUGCUCCGCACCCGGUCCUGCCGUCCAUCAUUCUCACGGCCUCGGACUGGUGCACCCAGAUCUGGACCGAGGCCGAGUCCAAGCCGCUCAUCACAUCCCCGGCGACACCAGCUGUCAUUACUGAUGCCGUCUGGUCGCCGUCGCGGGCUGGCGUCUUUUACAUCGCCCGCGCAGACGGGUGCAUCGAGGUCUGGGACUUGCUCGAAAAGUCGCACGGCCCGUCGCGCAUCGAAAACAUCACCAGCUCAACCGCCAUCACCUCGGUCGCCAUCCUCACCGUCCCGCACAAGAAGCGCAAGCGGAAGGCGGUCAAGCAGCUUCUCGCCAUCACCGAUGACUCGGGCUUUGUCCGCGUCGUCGCCAUCCCCCGCUCGCUGGUCAAGGGCCCAGCCCAGGAGGCCGAGUUUGUGGGCAAGCUCUUUGAGCGCGAGCGUGAGCGCCUUGUCUACUUUGCGGACGUCAUGAUCCCGCACCGCGACGAGCUCGCCCUAGCUGAGCGCGCCUCGGCCGACGCACGCGCAAAGGCUGCCGCCAUGGCCGCCAUGGAUGCCGACGAAGACGCCAAGGAAAAGGUCGCAGAGCUGCAGUACCAAAAGUUCCAGGCCAACUUUGAGCGCGAGCUCGAGAUGAUGGCUGGCGGCGCGCCGUAGUAGUAAAACGCGAACAACUGCUA